AUGCUGUGGGUUACCUUGCUGAGCACCAUAGCCUUAGGAUGGACCACCCCGAUCCCACUACUAGAGGACUCCGAGGAGAUCGACGAGCCCUGCUUCGAGCCCUGCUACUGCGAAGUCAAGGAGGGCAUCUUCCACGUCCACUGUGACAGUAAAGGAUUUACAAAUGUCAGCCAAAUCUCCCAGAUAUGGAGCCGGCCCUUCAAGCUCAACCUGCAGAGAAACUCCAUGAGGAAGCUUUACUUUAACAGCUUCCUCCAUCUCAACAAUGCCAUAUCCAUUAAUCUGGGUAAUAACGCUUUGCAAGAUAUCCAUGCUGGAGCGUUCAAUGGCUUAGGAAUACUCAAGCGGCUGUUCCUACAUGAAAACAAACUAGAGGUUUUCCGGAAUGAUACUUUUCUGGGAUUGGAGAGUUUAGAAUAUCUCCAGGCGGACUACAACGUUAUCAAAAGGAUUGAAAGUGGUACGUUCAGGCACCUUCACAAGUUGAGAGUGCUGAUAUUAAAUGACAAUCACAUCCCUGUGCUCCCAAAUUAUCUUUUCCGGUCCGUAGCACUCACACAUCUGGACCUAAGAGGAAACAGACUAAAGACAUUGCCGUACAAGGGCACACUGGAGUAUGUUGGGAGGAGCUUAAUGGAAAUUCAGUUGGAGGAGAACCCCUGGAACUGUGUGUGUGAGAUUGUCCAGUUAAAGACGUGGCUGGAGAGAAUCCCUUACACAGCUUUGGUGGGUGAGAUUACGUGCGAGUUCCCAUUCCACUUACAUGGGAAAGACUUACGGGAAAUCAAGCGCAGUGAGCUCUGUCCUCUGCUCUCUGAUGCAGAGAUUGAGGCCAAGCUGGGAAUUCCCCGGGUCCCCUUUAGCAAUGAGAACACAUGGCCUACUAAACCAUCCUCCAUGCUCUCCUCUUUUCACAACACAGCAUCUUCUGUGGAAUAUAAGGAACGAGUUCUCAAGCCAACCAAACGACCCCGGCCCACAAAGAAUCCUCCAACCCCACACAGCUUAUACCCAGGCAUCAAUCAACCCCCUGUCGCUGGCUACCAAACAAGGCCUCCCAUCCCCAUAAUUUGUCCAGCUGGAUGUACCUGCAAUCUCCACAUCAACGACCUGGGGCUAACGGUGAACUGUAAAGAGAAAGGCUUUCACAACAUCUCUGAGCUCCUGCCACGGCCCCUUAAUGCCAAGAAAUUGUAUCUCAGUGGGAACCUGAUACAGAAAAUCUACCGUUCCGAUUUCUGGAAUUUCUCCAGUUUGGAUUUACUGCAUUUAGGGAAUAAUCGCAUAUCCUAUGUCCAAGAGGGGGCAUUUAUUAACCUGCCAAACUUAAAAAGUCUAUAUUUGAACGGGAAUGACAUUGAGAGGCUCUCUCCUGGGAUGUUUCGGGGGCUUCAGAUGCUCAGUUAUCUUUACUUUGAGUAUAAUGUCAUACGUGAGAUACAACCUAAUUCCUUCUCCCUAAUACCGAAUCUCCAGCUGGUUUUCCUGAAUGACAAUCUGCUACGCUCCCUCCCCAAUGAAGCCUUUGCCGGCACCAACCUUGCACGCCUCAACCUCCGCAACAACUACUUCCUUUCCCUGCCUGUGCGCGGCGUUCUGGAGCAUCUGACAUCCAUUGUCCAGAUUGAUCUGCAUCAGAACCCAUGGGACUGCUCCUGCGAUAUCAUCCCCCUCAAACACUGGGUGGAAAAGCUCUCCUCUGUAAUUGUAGUCGGGGAUGUCAUUUGCAAGACACCUGACUUUGCUUCCGGCAAGGACCUGCGAUCACUGGAGGUGGAGGUCAUCUGUCCUGAGCUUAAAUAUUCUUCAGGGCCUUCGCCAGCCCUGCCCGGUGGGGAUGACCUCACCACGGGCAGCUCUGAAAUGGGGGAGGCAGGUGGAAGAGGAGCUGUUCCACUGUCUGUUCUCAUCCUCAGCCUACUCAUCCUCUUCAUAUCUGCCGUGUUUGUGGCUGCAGGGCUUUUUGCUUUUGUUCUCCGUCGCAGGAAGAAGCUGCCCUUCCGGAAACGUUCUGAAGUAGAUCUGACAGGGCUACAGAUGCAGUGCAGGAUUUUUGAGGAUCCACCGAGGCAGAGUAGUGCCUGUAACACAGGCACACCGGAGAAACCGACACCCAGUAUUCAUACACACACUCACAGUAGUCAUGCACACGCCCAUGGUCACGUUUAUGACUACAUCCCCCACCCGGUGACUCAGAUGUGUAACAACCCCAUCUACAAGCCUAGAGAGGGGGAGAUAGCAGCAGAGGACAGAGCACACUUUUCAGCGAAAAAAGACAAUGGCAUCAGUUGCAACAGUAACUACAGAACCUUGUUAGAGAAAGAGAGAGAGUGGACCCUGGCCGUCUCCAACUCUCAACUCAACACCAUCGUCACAGUCAACCACUCCGCGGCUGACAUGGCAGGAUUUCACGAGAAUGGAGGGCUCUGCCCGACAGUGAUUGACAGUCAGAGGCCCACGCCGACAGUGGGCUUCGUAGACUGUUUGUAUGGGACAGUACCAAAAUUAAAGGACAUGCACGUGGCGCAUGCGCACCCACCAGGCAUGCAGUACCCUGAUUUGCAGCAGGAUGCACGGCUGAAGGAGACAUUGCUUUUCACGGCGGGGAAAGGCUGCUACCCCGACCCGUCCCAAAGCGAUUACCUCGAGUUAAGGGCCAAACUUCAAACCAAGCCGGAUUACCUCGAAGUCUUGGAAAAAUCGUACCGAUUUUAA